CUAGAACAUCAUCAUCAUCAACAUGAACUACUACACUGUGAUCCUGGCCGUCGCCGCUUGCAUCGCUUCCUCUUCGGCCAAGCCCAGCGGCCUCCUGCCCGCUCCACUGGUCGCCGCUCCAGUCGCCGCCCCCUUGGCUUACACCGCCCCCAUCGUCACCAGCCGCAGCUCCCAGGUCUUCCAGAGGAACUUCAACGCCAUCGCUGCUCCUUACUACGCCGCUCCAGUCCUUACAGCAAGGUACUCCUACGCCGCUCCAGCAGUCGCUGCUCCAGUUGUAGCUGCUCCAGCAGUCGCUGCCGCUCCAGUAGCCGCUCCCGCCAAGCUAGUCGCUCCCGCCGUUGCCGCCCCAGCUGCACUCGCUGCUCCAGCAGUCGCCGCACCAGCCGUUGCUGCUCCUCUCACAUACUAUUUCUAAACUAUGACGAACCUGAUGAUAAAUUUGGAAUAAAAAAAUAAUCUG